AUGGAUUAUGUUGGUACUGGAUUGGGUUUCAUUAAAUCCACUUCGAAUGUUGGAUCAACCAUUUAUAAUAUAUUGGUGGGAUUAUUACAAGAUUUGGAUAAAGGAAUGUAUGGUAAAGUAAUGAUAUUUUAUUUGACCAGUAGUAUAUUGGCCAUAAUAGCAUCAUUAUGCUUAUAUUUUGUGUCAAAAAAAUGGUAUGAUAAUAUAUUGGAUAUGAAAGAAAGUGAAAGAAAAGUUUAUUACAAAGAAAAAAAUGAAAAAGAUAGGUUAGGUGAAAAUCGUAAAAGUGAAAGAAAAGUUUAUUACAAAGAAAAAAAUGAAAAAGAUAGGUUAGGUGAAAAUCGUA